CACCAACGCAUUAGAGAUGCUCUAAAGUGUUUAUAAAGAUAUUUUUUCUUUUUAGAUAGGGUGAGUAAAGUUUUGAUUGGUGGAUUCCUAGGCCAAGAGAUUGGUGGAUAAUUGUUGGCCGACGUUUUCUGCUGAAAGAGAUGGCGAACCAGGAAAUGGAUUUUCAUUUCAAAUAAAACCGGAGAAACUAAACGGCGAUCUUUUUUUAUCGUACUCAAUGGCGGCGGUAUCGUCAACGGCGUACCAUGGAAAUCCGGAGCUCAGCUUCAAGCCUCGACUUCGCCGCUUGUUUCCGUCUAAUGUCAAUGCCACCAGCCAGAGGUCUGUAGCUAUGGCGUCCAUAAAGAAGGUGAACAAGUAUGAUCCGAGUUGGGAAAAGAAAUGGUUCGGUGCUGGGAUAUUCUAUGAGGCAACUGAAGAUGUGGAGCUCGACGUCUUCAAAAAGUUGGAAAAGCGUAAGUUCUUGAGCAACGUGGAGAAGGCAGGAUUGCUCUCAAAGGCAGAGGGUCUUGGUUUCACUCUCUCCUCUAUAGAGAAGCUAGGCUUGUUCUCCAAGGCUGAAGAGCUCGGUCUGCUAAGCCUGCUCGAGAAAGUGGUUAGCUUGUCACCAUCUGCAUUGGCCUCAGCGGCGCUGCCCGUUCUUACGGGCGCCAUUCUGUGCAUAGUGUUGAUUCCAGAUGACUCCGCUGAGCUUGUGGCUGUACAGGCAGUUUUGGCUGGAGUGCUCGGGGUAGGAGCUGUUGGGUUGUAUGUUGGGUCUGUGGUUUUGGAAGGGUUGCAAGAAACUGAAUGAAAAGGCUCUCAUAGGAGUCGUAGCAUAGGAGGACCAGUGCCAUAAAAAUAGCGGGUCUGUUGUUCUAUUCUACUAGUAUAGUACCCGUGCAUACGCACGGGAUAGAGCGGUUGGUGCAUAUAUUUUUUACUCAUGAUCUAAUUAAAUAUUAAAAUAGAAACAACUUUUUAGGAUUCUACAUUUUCGAAAAAAAUUGUAAUUCAAUCAGCUAAUACCUUAAAAUAUAUAUUCAAUGAAGAGUAUAUUAGGAAAAAUUAAUUGACA